AUUUCUUAAACUUUUCUCAUCAUUUUCACUAUGAAGGGUACAUUGGUUGUUGUUCUCUAUUUAAUUUGCAGCUCUUUUGCUGCUAGUUCUUCCCUCUUCCCCUUAUUGUUUGGAAGUCGAUCUACGGAUGAUCUUCGCAACGUUUGUGGUGAUACCUUUGGGAAUAAAUGCGCAGAUUGCUUCACAAUGUUAGUUUGUCUUGGACCAUCCCAGGCUCCAGUAGCAACACAGUGUUCGUACGAUAAACCCUAUUGUGAUCCAGUGUUGAACGUCUGUGCCUCGGAACGUCCAAAUUAUUCUGAGUGCGAAGGACCAAUUCCGCCAUCAUUCAAAUGUCCCGCCCAUGAAGGUUUUUACCCCCAUCCAACGGAUUGUUCGAAGUACUUUGAGUGCCACAAGGGGCAAGCCUACAACCUUGAGUGCCCGCCAAAGUAUGCUUGGACAACAGCUGGGAUGGGGUGCAAGCCCAAUAAGAAAACCGCCGAUUGUGGGACGAUUAAAUGCAAAUCUUCCGAUCAUUCAGUGCCAUUGUCCAACAAUCCGAGUUUCUACGGCAUGUGUAACGUUCCAGGGAGCAUUGAUAACAUUUUGGUGCUAAAAUGCGAGGGGAAGAACAAAGUCUACGUCGCUGAUCAAGGAUGUGUCUUCGUCUGCCCUGCAGAAGGACUCUUUGUCGAUGAAGAUAGUCCUGCAUUCUACUAUGAAUGCUACAAACCUUCCAGCAAGUUGGUCUUCACGAGGAAGCAGUGCACAGCUGGGAGGAUUUUCAAUGAAAAGCAACAACUUUGUAUUGAAUCAACCAAUUGAACCCUGGUUAACCCUUCCAUUUACGAGGGAAAACUAAUAAUUUUUUUUUCAUUUCUUAUUUCUCUUUAAGAAUUAAAAUAAAAAUUCUGAAUUAA